AUGGAGAAAAAGUUCUCUGUUGCCUCGCCUCGCGCCAGGGGCCUCAGGCGGCGGCAGCCGCAGCCGUUCACGGUUCCUGAAACCGACGCGCAAGGAAGCGAGGCGACGUCCGCGCCCUCUCCUGUCCAUGCGAUUCCAGAGAGAACCGGAAAUGGCGUUUCGUGUCAAACCCUGCGCCGCGGCGUGCCCCUGCCUGCUCCCGGCUCAGACCCAACUAUGAGCUGCCUGAGGAGAGCGUUUUUUGCGGCUGUCCUGUCGCUCUUUGCCUUCGUCGGAUGGCAGGUUUUCGUUGACCCUGAGCUGUCCUUUCACGAAAACCUUUGGGCAUUCAUCCACUUCGUUGACGACUUUGCGACGACUCCAUGCUACUACGCUUUCAACCGAAGCGCCAUGGCAAUUGUUCGCAAGCGAGCUAACCGAGUUAUGGCGACGGCGCUGAUGAAGGAAAUGCAGCCGGUUGCCUUCAAGCACUCGUGGCGUCUCAAGCCGCGCAGCCUCGACGAGCGGUUUUUCAUCCCUGCGUCACCAUCAGACUACUCGCUCGCCUCUGUCGUCGCGCACAGUCUGCCUCUCUCGCGCGCAUCCGUCGCUUCUCCAGGGAUUCCAGUGUCGAUCUACGAGCACCCAGACCUCCUUCUUCCGCCUGUGGACCCUGCCUCAUUCAUUUACCCCGCACGAACGAGGGACCUGACGACCCGCGGCAGCGCGGGCGAAGCGCCGGAGAGAAGCGGAGGCGCAGUUGAGAGCAUUCGCUCCUUCGUAGGCCGCGUGCGAGACAGAGUCUCAGGGUACUUCGUGUCAACAGGCGGAGGAGACAAGGAAGGGGGAACGCCUCCACAUUCUCAGUCUUUGUCUCACGCAGCCGGUGACUCCUCGGGGAACGCCGACGGCUCGUCCUCGACAGACCCGCGGGGGAUACAUACAGCGCAGAUGUAUCGCCAGGCGAAACAGGGGGCUGCGGAAAUUCCUGUCUCGCACACCCACGAAAGUCGACAGUACUGGCGUCUGCUGCCUCCACUGCCGCCUUCGUCCGCUGAGCGCGGAGCCGAGGAGGCCGGGGCACUGCGCGGAACGACGCCUGUCAGCCUGGAAGAGGAAUUGAAAUCCCGCGCGCGCGAGGAAACGCAGCGCAUGCAGGGGUCGCUCGUGUUGCCUACUGUCAACAUCACCGCGUAUUUCCCUGCGCCCCGCGCAGACGCCACAGAGCUCGAGCGAGAGGAACACUUCGCCGAGGCCCUGGAGCUUCUGCGUCUGUUCACCUUCCGGCCCGUGGCUUCUGCCGCCGCGCCAAUAACCCGCCAAGCGAGCCGCGCGCGGCGUGACGCUGGCGAGGAGAGAUACAGAGCUCACCAAAUCGGCGAAAGACAAGCGCAGGGGGAGGGGAGUCCGGGGCGGCGCGCCGCCAGCGUUGGCGGAGGCGAAGCGCCGCAGAGAGGCGACAUGAAGCGCGCCCAAGACGCCGCAGUCGAAGACCCGAGUUCUCACCCCCCUGAGGAGACGCUUCUCGCGCAGCUGCGAGCUGGGGCGGAGACAGUGAGAACUCCGCAAGACGCGCGGAUCGCUGCGCUGGAAGAUGUGAUUCAAAGCCCUGAAGAAAAGGUCGACCCAGGACAGAAGAGGACUUGGAAAGAGAAAGUCAGGAGCGUAAUAAGUGGCGAGAAAGCCCCAGGGGCGGACGGCCUGCUUUCCGAAGUCGUCGAAAAGCACACUGAGUUUGUGGCUGCCGAGCUGCUCAACUCGGCGGGCGCAGUUCACGCGAGAGAGAGACGGCGCGCAACCGGAGAGCCAAGCGGCGCUGAGGGCGACGCGGAAACGGCGGACGUAUCCUGCAGAAGACUCGAAGGGCUGUGGGCGCCCCUCUGCCGAACUCGGAAUCGAACGCAGGGAGGGAUGGCGGCGAGCGAGAAGAGACGCCCCGCGCUUUUCUUCAUCCACGGCGGUGGCCUGGUCAUGAACGAUCACCGCGGCUACGACAAGCUCCUCCGACGCCUCAGCAACCUGCUCGCACCCAGCGGCGCCCUCGUGUUUGCAAUCGACUACAGACUCGCGCCCGAGCACAAAUUCCCGCUCGCGCUGCAGGACUGUCUUCAGGCGAUUUCGUUCGUCGCCGGCAAUGCAGAGAUGUUCAACGUCGACCUAACCAGACUGGCUGUGCUGGGCGACAGUGGCGGAGGCAGUCUAGCGGCUGCAGCAGUGGGAGAGGCCCUGCGGCGCGCGGACGAGUUUCCGUGGAUAUCGCACGUUCGCGCACUCGCCCUGGUCUACCCUUCUCUCUGUCGAGGCUGCGCGACGAGAUCGCAGAUCGUCGAAGGAUCUCUGUUUUACCUCAAGCGCGACGUGUGGUUCUCCAUGCUGUACUCUGAGGAAAUUGGAGCGCCCGACGACUGGCGCCAGAGGCCCUUUUCAACGCCUGCGGAUCUCCUGCGGCGCUUUCCGCCGACCUUCCUCGUGCUUUUCACUCACGAUAUCAUGUAUGAUAUCGGCGUGCUGUUCCACGAAAAACUGCGCCGACAAGGAGUUAAGACUGGCCUGUACGUCGCUCCAGGUUUCCACGGAUUCUUCGGCAGCGACCGAUGGAGUCGGUUCGGUGUGCCGUCAGUAGAAUGGACGGCAGAGAGAAUCAUGAAAAGCUGGUAA